CAGUUAUCCACCAAAACCCUUCUUCCUUCUUCCACCUUCAUUUCCCGAGUUGCUAGGGUUUAAGCAUUUUCACCUCUCUCUCAGUCACAGUCUCACAGCCAUGUCUUUCUACCGCCUGCUCCUCCGCUCUCUCCGCCGCCCUUCUACCACAACAACCCUACCCAUAACCCAAUCCCUCACCUCCCUCCACCUCCACUGCUCUAACCCAAACAUUCCUCUCCAUCUCACCACCCCCACCCGCACCUUCGCUUUCUCCUCCGCCGAAGAAGCCGCCGCUGAGCGCAGACGUCGCAAGCGCCGCCUCCGAAUCGAGCCCCCGCUCAACGCCCUCCGUCGGGACUCACGCCCCCCUCCCCCACGGGACCCGAACGCCCCCCGCCUACCUGAUACCACCUCCGCCCUCGUCGGCCCCCGCCUUAACCUCCACAACCGCGUCCAGUCGCUCAUCCGAGCCGGAGACUUGGACGCCGCGUCCGAGGUUGCGCGUCACUCGGUUUUCUCCAACACUCGCCCCACCGUCUUCACCUGCAACGCCAUUGUGGCUGCAAUGUAUCGCGCCAAGAGGUACAAUGACGCUAUUGCCCUUUUCCACUUCUUCUUCAAUCAAUCAAACAUUGUUCCUAACAUUGUAUCUUAUAAUAAUUUGAUUAAUACUCAUUGCGAUGAGGGCCGUGUCGAUGUGGGACUGGAGAUUUAUCGGCAUAUAAUUGCAAAUUGCCCCUACAGUCCCUCGCCAGUGACAUACCGGCAUUUGACUAAAGGGUUGGUUGAUGCUGGGAGGAUAGGUGAGGGUGUGGACUUGUUGAGGGAGAUGUUGAAUAAGGGCCACGGAGCGGAUUCUUUGGUUUUUAAUAAUUUGAUUAAGGGAUUCUUACAUUUGGAGAAUAUGGAUAAGGCUGUUGAGCUGUUUGAUGAGCUUAAAGAGAGAUGUUUGGUUUAUGAUGGGGUUGUGAAUUCAACCUUUAUGGAUUGGUUUUUCAACCAGGGGAAAGAGAAAGAGGCGAUGGAGUCAUACAAGUCCUUGCUUGAUAGGCAGUUUAGGAUGGUCCCGGCAACUUGUAAUGUUCUCUUGGAGGUACUGCUUAAGCAUGGGAAGAAGAAGGAAGCCUGGGAUUUGUUUGAUCAGAUGUUGGAUAAUCACACCCCGCCAAAUUUCCAGGCUGUGAAUUCAGAAACAUUUAACAUUAUGGUUAACGAGUGUUUUAAGCUUGGAAAGUGCGAUGAGGCAAUUGCCACCUUUAAGAAGGUGGGGACAAAGGUGAAUUCAAGGCCGUUUUCUAUGGACGUUGCGGGGUAUAACAAUAUCAUUGCGAGGUAUUGUGAGAAUGGGAUGUUACCGGAGGCUGAGACACUGUUUGCAGAAUUGUCCUCAAAGUCAUUGACCCCGGAUGUCAUGACUCAUAGGACUCUGAUUGAUGCAUAUUUGAAAGUAGAGAGGAUAGAUGAUGCUCUUAAGAUAUUUAGCAGGAUGGUGGAGGUUGGUCUGCGAGUGGUUGCUAGUCUUGGUAAAAGGGUGUUCGAUGAAUUGAUUAAGAACGGGAAGGCAGUAGACUGUGCACAGAUUUUGAAGAAAAUGGGGGAAAAAGAUCCAAAACCAGAUGCCAGUUUUUAUGAUGCUGUGAUCAAGGGGGUUUGCAAUGAAGGUGUGCUUGAUACAGGCUGUGAUUUACUGGAAGAGAUGGUGAGAUAUGGCAUUGGUGUUCCUCCAGAAUUGCAGCAAUUUGUAAAUGAGGUUUUUGGAGAAGCUGGGCGUGGCGAAGAGAUUCAGAGAGUAUUAAAUACGAAUAGGUGGGGAUACCGAUCACUACCUAGAGAGGCACCACCUCAGCAAUUCCAACCAAGAUCGCCUCAAAUGGCAGGACAAUAUCGUCCGUCGUCAGCACCGCCCCAAAUGACUGGACAAUAUCAGCCACCAUCUGGACCCUAUCAGCCACCAUCUGGAACCAAUCAGCCACCAUCUGGACCCUAUCAGCCACCAUCUGGAACCUAUCACUAUCAGCCACCAUCUGGAACCAAUCAGCCGCCUUCUGGACCCUAUCAGCCACCAUCUGGAACCUAUCAGCCACCAUCUGGAACCUAUCAGCUGCCUUCUGGACCCUAUCAGCCACCAUCUGGAACCUAUCAGCCACCAUCCGAAACCUAUCAGCCGCCUUCUGGCCCCUAUCAGCCGCCUUCUGGAACCUAUGGGCCGCCAUCCGGAACCAAUCAGCCGCCUUCUGGACCCUAUCAGCCACCAUCCGGAACCUAUCAGCCACCAUCUGGAACCAAUCAGCUGCCUUCUGGACCCUAUCAAAUGACUGGAACUUACCAAUCACCACCAAGACCUCCACAUAUGGCUACAAGCCAGCACCCCACAGCUCAAUCCCCUCAAAUGGCUGGACAAUAUUACACUCCAUCAGGAGCCCCCCAAACGGCAGUACCACACCACCCUCCGUCCAGACUCCCUCAUGUGACAGCUUCGUACAUGCCAUCUGAAGAUUUUCAAAGCAUAGGACCACAGUACCCUCUGUCAGGACCUGCUGAAGGGACAGGAUCUGACCAAUCACCAUCAGAACCCGCUCAAAUUACAGAACAGGUAGCAGCUGCUUGAUCCUUAUAUCAAGUGAUUGAGACGCCGUCAAUUUUCUGUCUUGAUUUUUAAGUUGGCCAAUGCUACAUUGAACGUAUGCUAAGUGUCUCUCCAUGCCGCAAGCUUAAGGCGUUCAAUUGGGUGUAUAAGGGGCUCUUGUGACUGAAUUCUCUUUGAUAUUUUCUAUAGCGAUUAAUAUGAUAAGUUACUUAUUCUUGUGCA